AUGUGCGAAACCUACAACUGCGACUUGCCUUCUAUACGGCUUCAACAACAAUCCAAUAAAGAUCAUUGGAAUGUGGAGAAUAUUUCCUUAACGUUAAGUGAAGAAAAAUUAAAAGAAUUGGAAAGUGGCUUUGAGUAUUUAGAUAACCAUGUAAAGAUUAAAAUAUUAGUGUCAUUUUUAAACCUGGAUGUGGACAAAUUAAGGCUAUGGGACUAUUUAAUAUUGAAAAUUAUCGAUUUGGCUAUAGACGACUUUGAAAUAUGGGUGUCAAGUUUGGGAAGUCUGCUGAGGAACUUUGUUACGUAUGGAGAAUUCAACCUGGAAAUAUAUGAAGAAUUUCCAGAUAGCAUCAAAGGUAUCAUAAGUGCAGUAAGGGAAGAUUUAAAGAAUGUUAACAACGAAAUACUACCAAAAGAAUGUCAGUAUAUGAACAAACAAUGCUUGGACUCACUAAGCAUAAACAUUAGUAAACCAGAAAAACACUUUACCAUUAAAAAGAAAACAAAGGCUUAUACCCUAAGAGAGCAACUAUUAAUAAAAGCACAGGGAAUAAGUAAUCGAAGUAGAACAUCCUUUAAUGAAAAUUCUAGACACUUUGAUGAAAUAAAUAACUUCCAGAAAAAGGAGAAUAUCUCAAUGGAUUUAAAAUAUUCUUCUGUGGCCUACUCUCCUUAUAGCCUUGAGGAUAGUUCCUCAGAUACUGUUGAUGGUGCCAAAACACCAAGACCUUUAGACGAUCUAACAAAUUUCACAAAUUCUUUACUUACACCACCACCAUCUUCUAAAAAACAGAAAAGACCAAAAAAUUUGAACGACAUUCCAAAGGUAGCAGAAGUUAUUUGUGCAAGUUCUGAAAAUACCCCACAGCAAGUGCUGCCACCUGUAUCACUUCCAGGAGUAAUGCAAAAGCGAAAAAUCACCAAGGAAAUAAGAAAUCUAGCAAAAACGAUAUUGGAGAAUGCUGGUAAAGUAACUAGACCUCAAAAGGCUCAGAUUCUGGGUUUUUUAUGUGGAAACAGAGAAAAUCCCAGUCCACAUUUUGGCCCACUGGUAACCAUUGCAUUAUCAGAAACAGAAAUACCCGUAACCGAAUCCAAAAAUGGUGUCAAAGUGGUCGAACAAAUAUAUUUUCAAAUGGAUUACAGAAGUGGACAAUGGAGGAGAGUUAGAAAAUAUAGAGUUUUGAAUUGA